AUGAGUGCACCAUCAUGCAUUGUUCCUCCUAGUGAGCAAAUGAUCAUCCGUCCUUAUUUGGUGCCACUUCUUCCUCAAUUCCAUGGAAUGGAGAAUGAGAAUCCUUACACUCACAUAAAGGAUUUUGAAGAAGUAUGUCAUACUUUUCAAGAAGGGGCUGCAUCAAUUGAUCUUAUGAGGCUUAAAUUGUUUCCUUUCACUCUCAAGGACAAGGCAAAAGUGUGGCUGAAUUCUUUGAGACUGCGAAGUGUCCGCUCAUGGCCUGAACUACAAGCUGAAUUUUUGAAGAAGUUUUUUCCUGCUCAUCGUAUGUCACCGGCUAUGAAACAAUUGCUAGAAACCAUGUGUGGAGGAGACUUUAUGAGCAAAAGUCCUGAUGAAGCUUUGGAUUUUCUAAACUAUGUGGCUAAAAUAUCUAGAUCAUGGGAUGAACCUCAUGGAAAAGACUCCAGCAAAGUCAAGCCCCAAAACAAUGCUAAAGGAGGAAUGUACACUUUGAAUGAGGAUGUAGAUGUGCAAGUAAAAAUGGCAACUCUAUCAAGGAGAUUGGAAGAACUUGAAGCAAGAGGAGCUAAUGAAAUCAAAGUGGUUAAUGAUGUUCCAAUGCAAAUUGCUCAAUGCUCCAUAUGUCAAUCCGGUGAACAUCUAGUGAGCGAAUGCCCCACCAUACCAGCUGUUAGAGAAAUGUUUAUGGAGCAAGCUAAUGUCGUUGGAUUUGUUAAACACUCCAACAAUUCUCCAUUUUCAAACACUUAUAAUCCGGGUUGGAGGAAUCAUCCAAAUCUAUCUUGGAAGAGUGGACAAGGACAAUUUUCUUCUAACAUGCAAACUUCUCAACCUCAAGCUUCACCGGUAGAACAAGCUAUAGUGAAUUUGAGUAAAGUGAUGGGUGACUUCAUUGGAGAUCAAAAGAGUAUCAAUACUCAAUUAAAUCAAAGGAUGGAUCAUGUGGAGACAUCUUUCAAUCAGAAAUUUGAUAGCUUGCAAACCAAUCUCACACAAAAAUUUGAUAAUAUGCAGCUUGCUAUUUCCAAACUCACAAGUAUGCAUACGGUGCAAGAAAAAGGAAAAUUCCCUUCACAACCCCAACAAAAUCCAAGGGGAGUUCAUGAAAUUGGAGAAAAAAAUGAAAAUUCGGCUAAGGUAGAUGAAGUGAAGGCAAUCAUUACCUUAAGAGUUGGCAAACAAGUUGAUCAACCUAUGCCAAAACCAAAAGAGAAUAAAGGAGGGGAACAAGAAGAAAAUCAAGAUGAGGUUGUCAAUGAAGAGGUUAAGAAGAAAGAUAAGCUCUUAUCUCCACCUUUUCCAAAAGCUCUUCAAUCAAGGAAGGUGGUAAAUAAUGCAACUAAGAUUUUUGAAGUUCUCAAGCAAGUCAAAGUUAACAUACCACUCCUAGACAUGAUCAAGCAAGUUCCUCCCUAUGCCAAGUUCCUUAAAGAUUUAUGUACAAUGAAGAGGGGUUUGAACAUCAACAAGAAAGCUUUCUUAACUGAACAAGUUAGUGCAAUCAUCCAAUGUAAGACUCCAAUCAAAUAUAAAGAUCCAGGGUGUCCUACCAUUUCGGUGAAUAUUGGAGAUACAUAUGUAGAGAAAGCUCUUCUUGACUUGGAUGCAAGCGUAAAUCUUCUUCCCUAUUCAGUACAAGCAAUUGGGUUAGGGGAACUCAAGCCUACUUCUAUGACAUUAUCUUUGGCUGAUAGGUCAAUUAAAAUUCCAAGAGGAAUGAUUGAAGACGUAUUGGUUCAAGUGGAUAAAUUUUACUAUCCGGUUGAUUUUAUUGUCCUUGAUACGGAGCCAAUAGCAAGAGAACCUAAUCAUGUUCCAAUCAUUCUUGGAAGACCUUUCUUAGCCACAGCAAAUGCUUUAAUAAAUUGCCGGAAUGGGGUAAUGCAGCUCACUUUUGGGAAUAUGACUCUUGAGCUGAAUAUUUUUCAUCUAUGCAAGAGACAUCCAAAUCAAGAUGAGGAUGAACAAGAAGAAGCUUGCUUGAUUGAUACUCUUAUAGAAGAACAUGCCUAUGAAGAAUUUGAAGAAAUUGAGCAAGAAGAAAAAACUGAGGAAGCUAAUGAAAUUACCUCCAUGAAUCAUCCUAUGCAAUGGAAAGCAAAAGAAAAGCCUUUAUCUCUAACCAAUGAUGAAGAAGAAAAGAAGGAAGGAUCACCUAAGCUCGAUCUCAAACCCUUGCCAAGUGAUUUAAAAUAUGCAUACCUUGAGGAAGAUAAGUUUCCAGUGGUGAUCUCUUCAAAAUUAUCAUGCCAACAAGAAGCUAGCUUGUUGGAAGUUCUAAGAAAAUGCAAAGAAGCUAUUGGUUGGUCCAUUUAUGAUCUUAAGGGGAUAAGUCCUUUGGUAUGCACUCACCACAUUUAUUUGGAGGAAAAUGCUAAGCCAAUUCGUCAACCUCAAAGGCGAUUGAAUCCUCACAUGCAAGAGGUUGUUCGAAAUGAGGUACUUAAGUUGUUACAAGCUGGAAUUAUCUACUCUAUUUCGGAUAGCACUUGGGUGAGUCCUACUCAAGUUGUACCUAAAAAGUCAGGAGUGACUGUGGUACAAAAUGAAAAGGGAGAAUCUAUUCCUACAAGAUUGACCACGGGAUGGAGGGUGUGGAUUGAAGUGGAUAAAGCAAAGAUUGAGAUAAUUGUGAAUCUACCACCACCAACAAAUGUUAAAGAAGUUAGACAAUUCCUUGGUCAUGCAGGUUUUUAUAGACGUUUCAUCAAGGAUUUCUCUAAGCUAGCAAGACCUAUGUGUGCCUUACUUGCUAAGGAUGCCAAAUUCAAAUGGGAUCAAAAUUGUCAACAUUGCUUUGAAGAGUUGAAGAGACUAUUGACCACUGCACCUAUUGUGAGAAGACCAAAUUGGGACCUGCCUUUUGAAGUUAUGUGUGAUGCAAGUGAUCAAGCAAUGGGAGCAAUUCUAGGGCAAAGAGAUGAGGAGAAACCUUAUGUUAUCUACUAUGCAAGUAAAACUCUUAAUGAAGCACAAAAGAACUACACCACCACUGAGAAAGAGUUGCUUGCGGUUGUCUUUGCAUUAGAUAAGUUUAGAGCAUAUCUUGUUGGAGCUCCUAUAGUGAUCUUCACCGACCAUUCAGCUUUGAAAUAUUUAGUCAACAAGAAAGACUCUAAAGCAAGGCUAAUUCGUUGGAUUUUACUUCUUCAAGAAUUUAAUCUUGAAAUAAAGGAUAAGAAAGGUGUAGAGAAUGUGGUAGCUGACCACCUAUCCCGAAUUUCUGUGGAACACAUUCCGGAAAGCCCCCCCAUCAAUGAAGAAUUUCCUGAUGACGCUCUUUUGAAAGUAGACACCAAUCCAUGGUAUGCUCAUAUUGCAAAUUAUCUAGUCACUAGAGAACUACCUAAGGAAUGGACUAUUCAAGAGAGAAGAUUUUUCUUAUCCAAGGUGCAUGCAUACUAUUGGGAUGAACCAUUUUUGUACAAGUAUUGUGCUGAUCAACUCAUUAGGAAGUGUGUACCGGAAGAAGAACAACAAGGAAUUCUUAUGCAAUGCCAUGCUUAUGCUUGUGGAGGCCAUUUCUCCACUCAAAAGACAGCUUUGAAGGUUCUCCAAUCAGGUUUUUAUUGGCCUACUGUAUUUAAAGAUGCACAUGAAGUUUGUAAGUCUUGUGACAAGUGUCAAAGGCUUGGGAAAUUGACAAAGAGACACAUGAUGCCACUUAAUCCUAUAUUGGUAGUGGAAUUAUUUGAUAUAUGGGGAAUUGAUUUCAUGGGACCGUUUCCACUCUCUUUUGGAUACUCCUAUAUUCUGGUAGGAGUUGACUAUGUGUCAAAAUGGGUGGAAGCAAUAGCUUGUAAGCAUAAUGAUCACAAAGUGGUUGUUAAAUUUCUCAAGGAAAAUAUAUUCACAAGGUUUGGGGUGCCAAAGGCCAUUAUUAGUGAUGGAGGUACUCACUUUUGCAACAAGAUAUUCAGUAACCUUCUCGCUAAAUAUGAAGUGAAACACAAAGUAGCCACACCUUACCAUCCACAAACAAGCGGACAAGUGGAGUUAGCUAACCGUGAGAUCAAGAACAUCCUGAUGAAAGUGGUGAAUGCAAACCGCAAGGAUUGGGCACUAAGACUUCAUGAUGCACUUUGGGCUUACCGAACUGUCUACAAAACAAUUCUUGGAAUGUCACCAUAUAGGUUGGUUUUUGGUAAGGCAUGUCAUCUACCAGUGGAAAUGGAGUAUAAAGCAUGGUGGGCCAUAAAGAAAUUGAAUUUUGAUAUGCAAAGAGCUGGGUUGAAGAGAUUCCUAGAUUUGAAUGAGUUAGAAGAAAUGAGGAACGAAGCCUACAUGAAUUCAAAAUUUUCUAAGGACAAACUCAAGAGAUGGCAUGAUCAAAUUGUCCUUAGAAAAGAGUUUCAAGAGGGACAAAAGGUGCUCCUAUAUGAUUCAAAAUUGCACAUCUUUCCGGGAAAGCUCAAAUCUCGAUGGAAUGGCCCAUACUUGGUUCAUAAAGCGUAUUCAAAUGGGGUAGUCGAAAUUACUAAUCCAAAGAAUGGAUGUAUCUUCAAAGUUAAUGGACAUCGGCUUAAACCAUAUAUGGAACCUAUGAUGGGAAAUCAAAAACGAAAAUCAUCAGACAUUGAGAAAGAAUUUGUGGUGAUGAAUGACGGAAAUGGCGAAGACACUGAUCCCGAAUCACCUCCGGGAUUUUCCCUCUCUGAACCUCCCAUUUCUGGACAUCAAAAUCAGAGGAAUGUUGCAAGAUCUUCAAUGGAUAAAGGAAAAUCAAAGAUGGUUGUUACUCCUGGAAAAUUACCGGUGAAGAGAACAAGAAGCGUCAGAGCUCGAACUCUUUCAAAUUUUCCGACAUCCUCUGCUACUCCUUCAGAGCAACAUGCUGUAGUUCAAUCCACUGUUGCUAAAGCCCCUGCUCCUACUCCGGUUACAAAAUCUGCAUCUCCACCAAGCCGACCACCUUAG